AUGUCCUCUAACCAUUCGUACCAACCCAAUGAGAACGUGGUUCUCUUGAGACAGACCAAUCAGCUUGUUGGCUUGUAUCUGAUUAUCCGUGAUGUUAACACCAAGCGUGGCGAUUUUGUCUUUUACCUGGACCGUAUCAUCAGAUUAUUAGUGGAAGAGGGGCUCAAUUUGUUGCCCGUCGAGAAGUGCACCAUCAAGUGCCACGGCAAUAAUGAAUACGCCGGGGCCAAGUUUUUGGGGAAGAUUUGUGGGGUGUCGAUCGUUAGAGCUGGCGAAUCGAUGGAAAUGGGUUUGCGUGACUGCUGCCGGUCGGUUCGCAUUGGUAAGAUUUUGAUCCAAAGAGAUGAAGAGACCGCCAUGCCCAAAUUGUUCUACGAAAAGUUGCCCGAAGACAUCAGCGAUCGUUACGUGUUUUUGUUGGACCCGAUGUUGGCCACUGGCGGGUCGGCGAUGAUGGCGGUGGAAGUCUUGCUCGCUCGCGGGGUGAAGGCCGAGCGCAUCUUCUUCCUCAACUUGUUGGCUGCUCCCGAAGGGAUCAAGGCCUUCCAAGACAAGUACCCCGACGUCAAGAUUAUCACCGGUGCCAUCGACGAUAAGUUGAACGGGGACAAGUACAUCAUCAUCGCUGAUGAUGUUUCGCUGCCAAAACCCAACCUCUACCCCGUGUUUAAGUUUGUCCUCUCUGAUGAAUUGACGGUGCACAACGCCUAUCUCCGACUUGCUAAACUCAACGAUGCCAACAGAUCGCCGAACUUCUUGUUUGAACUGGCUGUGAAAGGUGACACUGUCGACCGAUACUCGUUUAUAGGCGUGAACCCUCGCAAGAUCAUUCGCACUGGCGAUGACGACAAGUACGGGCCCGGGAACACUAACGUCGACCCGAUCACGGUGUUGGAGCAAGAGUUGGCUCAAUACCGUCAAGCACGUUUGCCCGGGGUGCCUAAAUAUGCUGGUGGGGCCACUGGCUACAUCUCAUAUGACUGCAUCAAAUAUUUCGAACCUAAGACCAGACGGCCACUUAAGGAUGUUUUACAAGUGCCUGAAGCGGUGCUUAUGUUGUGCGAUUGUGUGGUUGCAUUUGAUCACGUGUAUCAAAGAUUCCAGAUUGUGUACAACGUUGGCGUUGAUGACGUUGACGGCGAUUACGACAAAGCCGUGAAGGAAAUCGAGCGCAUCGAGCAGCUCUUGACGGAUACCACGAUCACCUACGAUGAAGUCAAUCCUGAGCAAUCUCCGAUCAAGCUUGGUCAAACUUUCACCUCUAAUAUUGGCCAAGAAGGGUAUGAGGGUCACGUCACUACGCUUAAGAAGCACAUCAAAAAGGGUGACAUCAUUCAGGCGGUGCCGUCGCAACGGGUGGCUCGUCCAACAAGCUUGCACCCUUUCAACAUCUACCGUCACUUGCGGACGGUGAACCCAUCGCCUUACAUGUUCUACAUUGACCUCGUCGAGUUCCAAAUCAUUGGGGCGUCGCCGGAACUUUUAGUACAGUCAGAUGUUCACAACAAGGUCAUCACCCACCCGAUUGCCGGAACGAUCAUGCGGGGGAAGACGGCCGAGGAAGAUGAGGCUAAUGCCGAGACGUUGCGGUCUUCGCUCAAAGACCGGGCUGAACACAUUAUGUUGGUUGAUUUGGCUAGAAAUGACAUCAACCGCGUGUGUCAACCCACCACCACAAACGUCGACCGGUUAUUGACGAUUGAGCGGUUCAGUCAUGUGAUGCACCUUGUGUCGCAGGUGCUGGGGGUGUUGCGUGACGACAAGACUCGUUUCGAUGCUUUCAGAUCGAUUUUCCCCGCCGGUACCGUACUGGGGGCUCCAAAGGUGAGAGCGAUGGAAUUGAUUGGUGAGCUUGAAGGCGAAAAGCGUGGGGUGUACGCCGGGGCGGUGGGUCACUGGAGUUACGAUGGCAAGACGAUGGACACCUGUAUUGCGUUGCGGACAAUGGUAUUCAAGGACGGGAUCGCCUACCUCCAAGCUGGUGGGGGUAUCGUGUUUGACUCGGAUGAGUACGACGAGUACAUCGAAACCAUGAACAAAAUGAGAGCCAACAACAAUACCAUCGUCGAAGCAGAAAAGAUUUGGGCCGAUAAGGUUGGCACACAAUAG